UUUUUUAAAAGUUUAUAUUUUUAUAUUAAAAAUUAUAAAUAUAAUAAAUAAAAUUGUAAAGGGUUCAAAAAUAUUUGAUAUACAUAUAGUUUUAUUUUCAUCACAAAAUAUACAAAAUAUUACUGAUUAAAUUUUAAAAAUAUUUUAAACAUUAUCUGAAUAUAAAUCUUAGAAGGUAAAAAAAAAUUUGUCCUAGGUUCAUAACAAUGUUAAGCCGCCCUGACAACCACUCGAAGCCUUAACCGAGUUUACCAGGCGCCAACGAUCCGGUUUAAAUACUUCAAUCAGUUGACUAAAGAGAGUGGUUGUCAAGUGAGCGAAAUCGAACCAAACUAAAAUAAAGUCUCCCUUUGUCUUGGAAUGUUAUAGACACUUUCAAAACAAUUCUUUAAGACAUUAACAUGUCAUUAACGUAAGGAGAUAUUUUUAUAUUACGAUAUAUGUUUUUAAUAAUACCAGAAGUAUAUUUAAGGAAACAUGUUGGUAGAUGAUUAGAAAUUCUGGUAAAUUGUACUAUUAUAGGUAGUUUUCUAAGAGCAUAAAAUGAACGCCAAAGAAAACUUCAAAACAAAACAACAGAAAUAUACCUAGAAAAAAAUGCACAACAAAUGCAUGAGGCAAAGACACAAAGUCGAACACAAAGCCAUUUUACCAAUAAAGUUGGCAACGAAAAACGAAGUAGUCGCUCCAUAAAGUCUCAAUUCAAAACCCAUAGCCAUUUACUGAGAAAGAUUUGCAAUUUAAAUAAAGUCGAACCAUAGCCAUUUACCAAAAAGAUUAGUGCUGCAACUGAAAAGGAAUAAGGAAGAAGACUUUAACUCGUUGUAAAAAAGACUCUUGCUCUCGUUUCUCUAUAUUACUUGCACAACAAAAAUGUUGAAAUAUUGUAUUUGAAACCCUAGUCCCUAGAAAGAUGUAAAUGUACUUCUUCAUUGUUUACAAAAAUGUUGGUUCCUGCAACUCCAAAUUUCAUAUCCUCUGAGAAUAAAUAAAUAUAAAAUGAUGGGGUGGGUUCUUCACGGAUGAUUGCGGAUGCGUUUCCAUGAUGAUGUUAUGAUAGGUAAUAUAUACAUAGAUCAUUAAUGAUUAGUUUAUAUCGAUUCAUAUAAAAUUAGCUAGAUGUUUUCCUAUUAGUUUGGACCAGCCAAAUUUGUCACGAUUAUAACAUAUUUUAGACGAUUAGUAUUAUGCACUGUCGAAAAGGAGUAAGCCGGACCUAGCCUAAGAAAAAAAUGUUCAGUAGUCUCAAAACCAACAAUCCAGCGUUGGAUUAGUCCGUCCGUAGCAAGUUAGCAACAUUUGUAGUUUUCAUCGAUUAUAGUAAAUAGAAACGAGGGUUUAGGGUUGUAUAUUCAGAUACAAAACCAGACAAACAAUUAUUAAUUGUCUCUUUACUUGAGUGUUUUUCUUCACUUUCAUUUUGAAAUUUUCAUAUAUUCUUGAAGAAAAUUAAAAGUAAAAGUAGCGACGUUCAUUUUAGAAAAAAAUAGCAUGCUCCAAAAAUUACUAAUAAUCAGCUGUCGUUGGCUUUUCUUUUUCACUUUAGACCAGCAAAGGUAAUGGGUGAGGGCCUCCUCUUUGUUCUUCUCAAAUAUUAGGAAUCUAUUAAUAAUCGUAAACCGAAAACAAAAUCGGAAAAACUAAAAAGAGCCCAUGAAAUAGCAAAAAUUCAAACUACUCUAGUUUUCAGCUGCAUUAGUUUGUACAAAGGUCUUUUUCAUUUGAAUAAAUUUAACUUUAAAAACAAAAAAUUCAAAAAUUAAGUAUCGAUUUGGUUAGAAUAUUAUGUUUACUAAUAUACAGAUGAACUAAGGAAUUCUUUAUCACACAUUUCAACGCCAAGUAUUUUCAAAAUUCAAACCCUUAUUGCUGUAUAGUUUCUUGUAACGUUUCAUCUUAUGAAUAUAAAUAUGUAUUCCCUUCAACUUAUUAUGUUAAUAUAAAUAGCAUACUAUACGCUCAUUCAUAGAAAUAGUUUCUCUUUUGAUCACAUGCCAUGUUAAGUUCCUGUUGUAGUUGUUCUUAUAAAUUUGAUGCAAUUAAAAAUGAUUUAAAAUAAUAUUUAAGAAAAGGGAAAAUAGUGGGAAAGAGGAGUUUACAAAAUAAUUUGAUAAUAAUUACAGAGUGGCUUGUACAUAUAUACUACUGUUUCUUUUUGCAGGUUCAUAGUGUGAAAGUUUCGAGAAGUUUUAGCUGUUGAUACAUUGGGUACAGAAAUAGAAUCCUUGACAGAGAAGUUAUUAAUUUCUUCUAUAACAACAAAAACAAAAAGAGCAGCACAAUUACCAAAGAUUCUAGUUACUUUGGACUAGUUUAGUGGUUGGACAAAGACAAUGCAUGGCCUCUUAAAUCUGAUGGAUUAUAUUUUGAUUUUUAGUUAAUGAACAUAGAAUGACAUAAAAGUAGGGUGUUUAUUUCAUAAUAUAGGGUAAUCAUAUGAUCUAUAAUUAGUUGGUGAAUUCCACCCGAACGAAAACAAAAAUUGAUUCAUACGUUCCACCAAAAUGAUAAGACAAAUAAGAAAAACACUAUUCAAAAUGACAAUGCAUGUGAUAUUGUGUGUGUUUUCUUUGUGAAAUUGUGUGUUUCUUAUUUUUUUCCUAUAUUAUAUUUCAAGGGUUUUUUUAUAAAAGCAUUUCAAUAUUUUUUAUAUUGAUUACAAGAUACAUAAUAUGUCAUAUAAUAUUUUCGCCUUUACUGGCCUAUUUGGACAUGUUAAUUUAAACAAUUGUUCUCGAUUAAAAAAAACAAUAUAAACUUUUAACUUGUCAUAGAUUUUUUUUUAAAACUAAUUUGUCAUAGAUAGAGUUUGAUUUCAGACUAAGGUGAGAUUAAUGUUGGAAAUAAUUGUUCUUAAUCUGGUUUUACAGCUCAGAAUUUCAUGAUCUUAUCAAAUCAAAAUUUUAAAAAAUUAUUUUCUUAAAACCCAGUAGACUAGGUGACUCUGUCCUUUAUAUGAAACCUAAUUCAAAUAAUCCUAUAAUUGGGAGAUUAAAAAAGAGAGAAAAAUCAAACCAAAAGAUAAAGAGAAGGUAAAAAAAAGAAGGCAAGAGGCACUAAUCUUUAGUUUUAUAAUUUUUUCUCCAUUAAAGAAAAAGCGAUGAUGUCUGCUCUCAUCUUUUAAGAAAGUGUGUAUAUUGCGUUUGCUUUUCUCAAAAGCAAUAGACUCAUCAACCAAAAAAAUAAAAAUAAAGCUCAAUCCAAAAGACCAAGAAUGCUUUGGAUACUGCAACUUCUUUUUUCACCUUUCUUUAAAAAAAAAUCAAUUACAAUUACAAUUACAAUUUUCACGUUUUGUAUUUUAUAAAAAAAGAAAGAAACUGAAGGCUUGAAAUAAUGAUGAUCCUCUUCACUUAUUAAGCCACUCACUAUAAGCAGCAAAACUACAGAAAGGUGAAAGCAUGAUGAUCUCUAAUGAUGACGAUCUCCUUGGAUCAAUAUCACUAAGGUUUUGCAGUUUCUUCGAAGACCCUUCUUCCCUUUCACUUCUCUGAACUUCAGAUUCGUGUCGGAGACAUUUUUGUUUUUUUUUCUGAUGUUACAAUGGCAGACAAGAUAUUCACUUUCUUCCUACUCUUGUCUUCAGUAUCUCCACUCCUCUGUUCUUCUUCGACUUCAUCUCUUAAUCUCUCACUAAUAAGACAAGCCAACGUCCUUGUCUCUCUAAAGAAAAGCUUUGACUCCUAUGAUCCUUCUCUUGAUUCAUGGAACGUUCCAAACUUCAAAUCUCUCUGUUCGUGGACAGGCGUUUCUUGCGACAGCUUGAACCAGUCCAUUACUCGUCUCGACAUCUCUAACCUCAACAUCUACGGCACUCUCUCGCCAGAGAUCCAUAAGCUCUGGAGCCUAGAGGUCUUAAACAUCUCAAACAACGCCUUUGAAGGAGAGCUUAAGCCACUUGAGUUCAGUCAAAUGUCUCAGCUCGUGACUCUCGACGCUUACAACAACAACUUCAAGGGAUCACUUCCUCUGUCUCUAACCGAACUCACUAAGCUCGGUUACUUAAACCUUGGAGGAAACUACUUUAACGGUGAGAUCCCUAGAAGCUACGGAGAUUUCUUGCGUCUCAAGCAUCUAGACUUAUCAGGAAAUGACCUAAGUGGAAGAAUCCCUGACGAGUUAGGAAACAUCACAACUCUUGAAAAGCUGUACUUAGGUUACGACAACGACUUCCACGGGAUACCUAAAGGCUUAGGGAGCUUGAUCAAUCUUGUUCUGUUGGAUUUAGCUAACUGCAGCUUGAGAGGAUCAGUUCCUUCUGAACUAGGGCAUCUCAAGAACUUGGAGGUUCUGUUUCUUCAGAUCAAUGAGCUCACUGGCUCUAUUCCUAGAGAGUUAGGGAACCUGACGAGCCUCAAGACUCUUGAUCUCUCCUACAACUCUCUAGAAGGAGAGAUUCCUCUAGAGCUCUCUGGACUUCAAAAGCUUCAAGUGUUCAACCUCUUCUUCAACAGAUUACACGGCGAGAUUCAUGAGUUUGUAUCUCACUUUCCUGAUUUGGAAAUUCUCAAGCUUUGGCACAAUAACUUCACUGGAAAGAUUCCUAAGAAGCUUGGAUCAAACGGUAAGCUUGUGGAGAUCGACUUGUCUACCAAUAAGCUCACAGGUUUGAUCCCUGAAUCACUCUGUUUCGGAAGAAAGCUAAAGAUUCUCAUUCUCUUCAACAACUUCUUGUUCGGUUCUCUCCCUCAAGAUCUUGGCCGAUGCGAGCCUCUCUGGAAGUUUCGUCUAGGUCAGAACUUUCUGACAGGUAAACUGCCAAAGGGUUUGGUUUAUUUGCCACAUUUAUGGCUUCUUGAGCUUCAAAACAACUUCUUGACCGGAGAAAUCGAAGAACAAGAAGCCGGUAAAGAGGGAUCGUCUAACCUUAGUCAGAUCAAUCUGUCUAACAAUAGGUUAUCCGGACCAAUCCCUGGUUCAAUCAACAACCUCAGAAGCCUUCAGAUUCUUCUUCUUGGCGGGAACCGGUUCACCGGACAGAUUCCCGGUGAAAUCGGAAGGUUGAAGGGUCUUCUCAAGAUUGACAUGAGCAUGAAUAGCUUGUCAGGCAAGGUACCUCCAGAGUUGGGUGAGUGUCAGUCAUUGACCUACUUAGAUUUGAGCCAUAACCAGCUCUCAGGUCAGAUUCCGGUUCAGAUUUCGCAGAUUCGGAUGCUAAACUAUCUGAAUGUUUCUUGGAACUUCUUAAACCAGAGCCUCCCUGUUGAGCUUGGAUACAUGAAGAGCUUAACAUCAGCAGAUUUCUCACACAACAACUUCUCUGGCUCAGUACCAGCUUCAGGGCAAUUCGUUUACUUCAACAGCACGUCAUUCAUCGAAAACCCUUUUCUCUGCGGAUACUCUUCCAACCCUUGCAAUGGUUCUCAAAACCAGUCUCAAUCUCAGCUUCUUAACCAGAAAAAUGCAAGCUCUCAUGGAGAAAUCUCCGUUAAAUUCAAGCUGAUAUUAGGGUUAGGGCUACUAGGGUUCUUCCUGAUGUUCAUCGUUUUAGCUCUGGUCAAUAAUUGGAGAAUGAGAAGGAAUAGUCCGAAUCUAUGGAAGCUCAUCGGAUUCCAAAAGCUUGGUUUCAGAAGUGAGCACGUUUUGGAAUGCGUUAAAGAGAACAAUGUGAUAGGUAAAGGCGGUGCAGGGAUCGUCUACAAAGGCUUAAUGCCAAACGGUGAGGAAGUUGCGGUCAAGAAGCUUUUAACCGUAAGCAAAGGAUCAUCACACGACAACGGUCUAUCCGCUGAGAUUCAGACAUUAGGUAGGAUCAGACACAGAAACAUUGUGAGAUUGAUCGCUUUUUGUUCAAACAAAGACGUGAAUCUCCUUGUUUACGAGUACAUGCCUAACGGUAGUCUCGGAGAAGCCUUGCACGGGAAAGCUGGAGUGUUUUUGAAAUGGGAAACGCGGUUACAAAUAGCGUUGGAAGCGGCUAAAGGAUUGUGUUAUCUACACCACGAUUGCUCGCCGCUUAUAAUUCACCGCGAUGUAAAAUCAAACAACAUCUUGUUAGGACCUGAGUUUGAAGCUCAUGUUGCUGAUUUUGGGCUUGCUAAGUUUAUGAUGCAAGACAAUGGAGCUUCACAGUGUAUGUCAUCGGUCGCAGGCUCAUACGGCUACAUUGCUCCAGAAUACGGAUAUACAUUGAGAAUAGACGAGAAGAGCGAUGUGUACAGCUUCGGGGUGGUGCUACUGGAGCUAAUAACGGGUCGAAGACCACUAGAUAAAUUUGGAGAAGAAGGGAUAGACAUUGUGCAAUGGUCAAUGAUUCAGACAAAUUGUAAUAGACAAGGUGUGGUAAAGAUCGUUGACCAGAGAUUGAGCAAUGUGCCAUUGGGAGAAGCCAUGGAACUGUUCUUUGUGGCCAUGUUAUGUGUUCAAGAACAUAGUGUGGAGAGACCGACUAUGAGAGAGGUUGUCCAGAUGAUUUCUCAAGCUAAACAGCCAAAUACUAUCUAAAUCCAGUGAUUUUAUGUAUAUGAGUUAAAUAUUUUUGUAAUGUUCUAUGUGUUUUAUAGAGGCGUUUUAUAGAAAUGUAACUGGUUUGGUGAUAUGAGGGGGUUAGGAACUUAAAGCACCCCAAUGGGGGUUCUAGCGAAAAGGGCAAAAAAAUCUUAAAAUACA